GGUGCCAAGCGUCACCGCAAGAUCUUGCGCGACAACAUCCAGGGUAUCACAAAGCCAGCUAUCCGACGUCUCGCACGUCGUGGUGGUGUCAAGCGUAUCUCUGCCAUGAUCUACGAAGAGACCCGUGGUGUCCUCAAGACCUUCCUGGAGGGUGUUAUCCGCGAUGCAGUCACCUACACUGAGCACGCCAAGCGCAAGACUGUCACCUCUCUCGAUGUCGUCUACGCCCUCAAGCGACAAGGCCGCACUCUGUACGGUUUCGGUGGUUAG